UCCCUCUACUCUUGAACAUUGAAGGCAGAAGAUCGUUGAUGAAAUGAAGAAAGCUGAGAAGAACUUGGCGCUUAUAAAAAAGAUGAUGCAGAAAACAUUUAGCCUGCGGCGACAGACCAUAGUGAACACGUGCCCACCAGUGAAAGAGCUCAUGGAACUCUGGCCUGCACUCAAAAUGGAGUCUGAGGUAAUGUGUAGUGGCACUUGUUCCUGGUAUAUGCAGAGUUCCAACGAAUUACAAACCAGAACCUGCCCAACACAUUGUACUCUGAGCUUGACAGACAUUCCUAGACUGAUGACCCUGUUCAGACAGAAGGCAGCCAAAACCAGGAAGACAUCAGAUGCUCUGGCUGAAAUUCUAAGAAUCUAUGAUGAACAGGAGCUUCGUGACGUACACACCAAGCGUACCACUGUUCUUCAUGCCCUUCCUGUGUAUUUACAUGAGGACGUCUCUGGGUUCUUCAGGACCUGCACAGACAUAUCUGAUGAGCCACUGCUUUUAGAUGUUGCAGUUGUCCUCCUUACAGUCGUCACAGAAAAUGACAGAAGUCCAGUUCACUUCCAGCCUGUGAAAAUCUCUGUUGUCAUUGAAAGCGAGAUUGUGGUCAGCCUCUCCAGAUUUGCUGAUGCCUUCCUGGUAAUGUGUGGACUGAUCUAUGCACUACACCUCAGCUAUCCCAGGGGACUGACCAACACUUUUGAAUUCACUCAAAAAAAUGUACUUGGUCUUGAAGGUGGUAAACUGUCACCCAAGUUACAGAGUCUCAAAAAUGACUUGAUGCGUAUGUAGAAAUGUGUCUGAAAAAGUUUAAUGCCUGGCAGUUCCUAUGUAGUUCAAUGUAGGUUAUUUCUGUGGAAAAUAAUGCCUUAAAAGGUUUCUGUGCUAAUGUGUGGGUAUUUCUCCACAAUCUGCACUAUGUGCCUUCGUAUUUAUAAAUGUUAUUUGGUAUUAAUACAGCUCUAGUUGUUGAGUUGUUAAGCUGGGUAGUACUUUGUAACGGUACAUGUAAUAGUUUUAAAUGGUUCAUGCUGUUAUGCAGGUUUAUGACAUAGUUAAUAGGUUUUAGCCUAGUGCACCACUGAAUUGUUUUUUUAUGUUUGUCUUUUUAAAUUGACAAUGUAGUUUUAAAUGGGAAAGGGCAAGAAUUCAGUGUAACACAAUGUAAUUCAAACUGUUUAAGUUGUUUGUACUCAAAAUAUUUGAGGCAACGAGUUGCCUCAAAACAAUUAAGUAUUGAGCCAUGCGACUUUGAGUUUUGUGUGUCAAAGUUUUUUGAGUUAUGUGUAAUUAAAAAAAUUGACAAAGAAACUAAUAAAUAUUGAGUUCACGCAACUUAAAAGUGCUUCUUUGUGUACUUAUUUUUUUAAGUAAUGUUAACUUAAUGCCAUGAUAUUUUUUAAGUCACUGUAACUGAAAAUUAUUGAGUAGACCUAAUAAGA